CCCACGUGGGCCUCCUGAAGCAGCGAAGCAGUUCGGCAACACUGUGUCCGCAGAAAAUGGCAGCAGACAUCCGAAAGAAAAAUGCAAAACCGUGCACAGCAAAGGGCAAGUUUGGUUCCUCGGUUGCAAAAAUGCGUUGGAAGAUGCUCGCAAAAGCGUUACACGAAGGCAGAGUAAGCCAAGCAGACCUGUUUUUUGGUUCAGUAAGAAGGUUUUCGUCAUUUGGACUGCUUCAAAUCACACCAACAGAGAGGCAGAAAGGUGACGAAAACGAUGAUGGGACUUGGUAUGAAGUCACCUGCCUCAAAGAACCACAGUUCAGCCUUAAAAUUAGAGCACUCCCAGACAGAAUUUCACUCAAAGACGUGAAGGGCUUCGACAACACAGGAAAUGUCUGCAUAUGGCCAUCCGAAGAAGUCCUGGCAUAUUAUUGUAUGAAAAAUAAAGAAAUUUUUGUUGAUAAAAGUGUAUGUGAAUUGGGCGGAGGCAUGACAUGCUUGGCGGGCUUUGUGGUGGCAGCUACAACAAAAGCAAGGGAGACGUUCCUCACCGAUGGAAAUAACAAAUCCAUUCAAAAUGUUCAAGUAAUCUUGGAACGCAACCUCAGCUGCCUAGACAACUGUAAUGUUGUUACGAGACGGAUACGAUGGGACGAAGAUGACGACAUCAGCGACUUGCUGGCAAGAUUCGAUGUCAUCAUCUCCGCUGACUGCUUGUUUUUUGACGAUGGUCGGCAACCCCUGGUGAACACUAUAUGGAAAUUGCUUAGCGACAAGGGCCUUGCAGUUAUCCUGGCACCCACCCGUGGGAAAUCAUUCCAGCAAUUUGUGGAGCUCGCUCAACACAAGUUCUUUGUGGAAAUCCUGAUGGCUUAUGAUACCUGCGUUUGGGAACUGCAUGCCAGGUACCAGCAUGAGAGGCCGGACACAUAUGAUGCCAACCUGCACUAUCCCCAGAUGCUGAUCCUAAGGAAACUUCUCACAUGAGGUUGCUGCCGGGAGCUCGAUGUAAUUUAUGUACAUUUACGUACGAAUCUCACUUCGGAAAACCACCUGUUCCACCCAUACAUCGCCAUGAAAGAGGCAUUGGACCACGUUUAAAAAAAAAUUGUAAAUAAAAAUGCCUAUUUUCUACAG